AUGGCGUCGGUGACUUUUCGCGACUGUUUUCUCUUUGUUUCAGCUUUGAUAAACUUCAUAUUUGUCUUCGUGACUGGUGCAGACUUUGUUCGCUUCGUGUCGUUUCGUGCCAUUUAUCACAACCUGAGCGGGGACGCGCAUUUGUGUCGAGAGUCAGGUUCUUGGUCUGUGGCUCUGCGGGACAGUGUAGUGUUAAAGUCUGUCGCUGUGGACAUUUUGCUCCUGGUUCUCUUCAGUGUUCAGCACAGCCUGUUGGCAUGGGCUCCAGUUAAGAGGGCUUGUCAGAAUGUUCUGGGGGUUUUAUCCAGGACUAUGUACUGCUUCACCACAGCUAUAGCACUGCAGAUAUUGAUGCGCUUUUGGCAGCCGGUAACCAGCGCCCCUUGUCUGUGGUCAGUGCAAAAUGCACCAUGGGACAUCUGGUUCCCCCUCAUUUGUUUUAUCGUACACUUCCUGUGCUGGGCCAUAAUCUGCAGUAUCCUGCUCAUAUUCGACUAUCCUGAAUUAUUAGGCAUCAAACAGGUGUAUUAUGAUAUUUUGGGUCUCGGUGACCCGCUGUCUCUGAAGUCUCCUCGUGCCCAGCGGCUUUUCUCUCACCUGAGGCAUCCGGUCUGCGUGGAGCUGCUCAUGGUUCUCUGGGUUCUUCCCACCUUCCCAUUGGACCGGCUCCUGCUGGCUGUUUACCUGUCCGUUUACCUGGUGCUGGCGCACUCUCUGGACACUCAAGAUUGCGUGUAUCUCAACCGGCAGCUCCAGACAAAGCUGCAACUCUUCUCUUCACCACUAGAUAACAGUCAAACCAAUAAUAACAUCCAUAAGGAAGACUGAGUAAAGAGAGAAGUUUAUUAGAUUACUGGAAGAGAUUUUCUUGUUUUGUUCUACAACAUAAAUUACACAAAAGGCCAAUCGAAAGUGAACAUCCCUAUGCCCUACUCACUCUGAAGGACAUAGCUCUUGAAGUGGGCACUUUGAAGGGAGCAUGGCAUUACUGUAUGAAUGUACCCUUCGCUAACAGACUAAAUAAGGAGUAAAACUACCAGAAGGAUGUGAGUUUUCAUGCUAGUCAAAUCGGUAAGCCAUUGUAAUCCUUGUUAGCAACUUAUGUUUAAAGGGGUUACGUUUUUUAAUUAUUUUAUUAUCUUCCCUGAGGUUCAAUUAUAAAGUUAUAAAAGUAUUUUUUUUUCUUUUUUUUGCACCAAAACAGUCACAAUUUAGUAAUUUUCCACCCUGUUUUUGGCCCUCUGUCUGAAAUGCUCUGUUUUGGCAUAAGCGCCUCCUUAAAACCUUUAUGUAAAUGCACAGCCCCUCAAAUUCAGCAAACUCAAUCGGAAGAGAAUGAACCGCAACAUUAUAAAACAAAAUUUCAGGGUUUUCACACAACGCACAUCCAACACAUUGCAUCUGAAUAUAUUCAACUGUUCAUCUCAAGCAUAGCUGUCAACAAAGGGCACCAUAAACCAUCAAACAGUCCUGACAUUUGAAAUAUUCAUGAUUGAAACACUUUACUUUCGUUUUUGAAGUGUUUUUAACUGCGGCAUCCUUCAAUAACAGUACCUUUGCGAAGCUUGAAUCAUAUCAUGUCUUCACAAGCAAAACAUGCUGACAUGAGCCAAAAAACCAAACAUAUCAUAGACCAAAGAAUGGUGAAAUGACGCACACACAUUGAAGGUGCACCAAAAUGGUCAAAGACGUCCUCUGUUUACAUACACCAACAAUUAAAAAUGGCGCUGAUGUACGAAAGAACGCGUCCAUGACAGCAGCAGCUGAAUGAGAGAAUUGCUUCUCCUUUCAGAGUUGUAACUUGACAUCGCAUCUUUUAUAACCGGCGAGCUGCAUGGCAGCGGUCAAAGUGUGCGUCAUAUACAAAAUAAUUAAAAAUAGACCAGGUUGGUCCCACUUUGGUGUUAUAUUAGGAACAGUUAGCCACACACGGCCCGCUCUCUGGACUUGAACUGUGCGCCUGUGGGCGGGGCCGAGGGUGCGAUGACGCAUGUUGCGGGACGAGUAAAUGCAAAUGAGCAAUGUUUUGUGAUGUCACAAACAGACAGAUUUCAAAACGAGACAUUUCAGCAGGGAGGCAACUAUAAAUGCUGUUUUGUCAUAUAUGUCCAAAUAUCAAGGACAAUUUCAUUCUCCAUUUCAUGACUCCUUUAAGGUAUGACUGUGUGAAAUUUAUGUUUAGGAACAACAACAAAAAAGAAAGUUUCUUUAAGUAAUUUUAAUUACAAACUUUUACUCAGAAAUUAAAAACCACUAUUCUAAAAAUCCAUUGGAAAUUCUUGAGCAACACUUUGUAAAUUUAAGCCUUCAGAAGAUCAAAACUAAUGAAAGGAAAAAUAUUUGCACGUUCAUUAAAAAUGCUGAAUUAUUUCCUGUUUGUACACGUUUAACUCAGGGAUAAAUUAUUAUGUUGGCAUGCUCUGGGCACAGAUGCCUCGCACCAUGCCUAGGUAACUGGUCCUGCUUGAUCCGUUCUGAGCGGGAUUCGAACCGGUGUCAGCCAGCAUGAGAGACUGGUGCACUAACGAGGUGGCUAAAAGGUACAGUCUGUAGCUUCAGUUGCUAGUGUGCCUCUUGAAGCCAGGGGAGUGAAGUUUACAUACGAACAGCUAUCACGUACCAGCUUUCUCUCGUUACACGUACACUUGACACUUGCGGCGCAUCAAAACACAAAAUCACUCCCAUUAUUAGCAACGGUGCAGUCGCGUGCUUGAAGUGCGGACAGCUUCGGUGAAUAUAAUCAGAGCCAUCUGGUUAUGUCCCAUUGUGUCACGUCCUCGCUUCAAGUGUAUCUAAAAUGUCACAGAACAUUAUAAAAGCACUCUUAAUGACACAAAUAUUUGAAUUAUAAUUUACAACAACUGCAGAAGUAAUCAUAUGACGAAGUGUUCGACAUUGCUCUGUAACUGUCUAGUUGCAAAAUUUAAAAUAUAAAACACUGUUCUAGUAAAUAUAAGUUUCUGCAGCUCAUCAGCGCCCCCUGCUGGUUUGGGGCCUUGUGCAUAUGUCUGGCAGGUGCACGAGCGAUUAACCAUUCAUGCUCUUAAAGCAAAAUAGUUAUGUUUUAUCUUUUUAAUUGUUUAUUUUCAUAAGAUAUAUCAUGUAUUGUUAGUCUGCUGAAGAAGAGCUGAUGCAUUUUAGCAACAGGUGAGGAGCACAGGUGAAAGGUCAUGAGAUUAAUCACUCUAGCAACUGCUCAGCCCUGACCUUAUUCAUUAAGAAAGGGCAAAAUGCACACGCUACAUGCACAAAUUUCAUGCACAUGAUACAUGCACACGCUACAUCCACACGCUACAUCCACACGCUACACGCCCACGCUUUAUGCCCACACUACAUGCACACAAUACAUCUACAUGAUACAUGCACACGCUACACGUCCAUGCUACAUCUACACGAUACAUGCACACGCUACACGUCCACGCUACAUCCACACACUACAUGCACACACUACAUGCACGCAAUACAUGCACACGUUUCAUGAACACGCUACAUGCACACGCUUCAUUCACACGCUACAUGCACACAAUACAUGCACACGCUUCAUUCACACGCUACAUGCACACAAUACAUGCACACGCUUCAUUCACACGCUACAUGCCACGCUUCAUUCACACGCUACAUGCACACGCUUCAUGCACACGCUACAUGCACACAAUACAUGCACACGCUACAUGCACACAAUACAUGCACAGGCUUCAUGCACACGCUACAUGCACACAAUACAUGCACACGCUUCAUUCACACGCUACAUGCACACAAUACAUGCACACGCUUCAUUCACACGCUACAUGCACACAAUACAUGCACACGCUUCAU